GUCACUGUAUUUAUGCCUUAUUUCCGGGGUCCACGGGAAGCAUGAGUCUGUUGGGACUUGGGACAAGAAGAAAACAAGACAUCUUCACAAGGAAAACCAGACACUAACAAAAAGUAUCCCAAAGUCUGAAGAGACAGAACCCAAACAUGACCGACCAAGAACUUAGGGAUCCUCCAGAGUUAGACUGUCAAAAGGAUUUGGAAAAUGAGUCAUCAGUAAAUGCACAAUCACAGGAGACCACAGUCGCAGCGAGUACGACUGAAGAAGUGCAGGCCUCAAGCCCUGCCUCUGGUCUUCCUGAAGAUCACCCACAUGUAGAGACUGUGGGGCCAGGAGAUGCAGAGACAGGUGAUGCUUCAGAAAGUCCAGCUGAAACAAAUAACGGGCAAUGUUCAGAAGAUAAACCGGAACAUGAGGAGGACCAGAAUGUUCAGGAUAAAGAGCAAGGACAUCACCUCACUUCAGAAAAUCUGACUAAAGAACACCUGGAUCCUGAACCCUAUCAUUCUCCAAAUGACAAGGGGGAAAGAGCAGACAAACACUUGGGGAGCAGCUCUGCAGCCCUCCCUGAAGAAGUGAGUGACAGUCAGCCCAGAGUUCCCAAGGCAUCACCUGCCCAGGAGGCCUGGAGUUCUGGCCAUCCCAGUGUGGGGUGGGAAAGCCAGGACAAGCUGAGGAAGCGACAGCUGGCACCAGAAGCUGAGCGUCAUCAACAAGAAAUACCAAAAUUAGAAGAAAACAAAGAGAAGGGAAAGGCUACCAAAAGAAAGAAUUCCAAGGAUAUUUUGCAGUUCGGCUUUAUCUUUGUUCCGGUUAUAGUCCUUCUUUUGGGAAUUUAUGUUUGUAGCUACUGUUUCUCUUCUGCCCAACAAGUGCCCAAAAAUCCAGCUUUGGAGGCUUUUUUGGUUCAUUUUGGCCAAUUAAAGGAUAAAUAUCCAGGCCAGAGUUCCUUCUUGUGGCAGAGAGGACGUAAGUUUCUCCAGAAACAUCUCAAUGCUUCAAACCCUACGGAGCCAGCCACCAUCAUCUUCACAGCAGCACGAGAGGGAAAAGAGACCCUUAAAUGCUUGAGUUACCAUGUUGCUGAUGCUUACACGGCUUUCCAGAAAGUCUCUGCCAUUCAGAUCAACGGGGCUGAUCGGGCCUCGCAGGACAGUGACACAGUCAAGCUCGUUGUUGACAUGGAGCUGAGCUCCGGAUUUGAGAAUGGCCACAAGGCUGCCGUGGUACACCGCUUCGAAUCCCUUCCUGCAGGCUCCACCUUGAUCUUCUACAAAUACUGCGACCACGAGAAUGCAGCCUUUAAAGAUGUGGCCCUGGUCCUGACUGUUCUUCUAGAGGAGGAAGCAUUAGAAGCAAGCGUUGGCCCAAGGGAAACUGAAGAAAAAGUGAGAGAUUUACUCUGGGGCAGGUUUACCAACUCCAACACUGCCAACGCCUUCAACCACAUGGACUCAGACAAAUUGAGUGGGCUGUGGAGCCGCAUUUCACACCUGGUGCUGCCUGUCCAGCCAGUGAGGAACAUAGAAGAGCAGGGGUGUCUCCUCCCCGAAAGCUAAGCAGUCACUGACAGAGGGCAUGGCUUUAUUAAGUUAGCUUAAUGGCCUUCCAUGAAUGUCACAGGAGGUUGAUGGGUGUGAGGAAAUAGCCUUUGGAAAACACAAAUGAGAUUUUUUUAGAAACAAAUUUUUCGUUUAUUUUUUUGCAGUCUUUCUAAUCUAAGCUUGACAAAGCUAAAAGUCAACCUUUUCUUCCUUUCCUUUUCCAAAAAAAAAAUUGGAUAUUUUAUUUUUUUAAUCCAAAGCGUAGGGACAGCACUUUUGUACAGGGAGAUAGAUGGUGAUUGUUUCAGAAUAACUACAAAAUUAUUUCUGUUUUCUUGAGAUUCUAGAGCCUUUUGGUGGAGUUUGAAUACCAGCUAAAGUAACUAUCAUUGUGAAACAGUAAUCAUUUUUAAGAAAAUGUUUCUGUCAUGUGUUAAAUAUUUUUUAAGAUUUGUUUUAUAACUUAAUUGUGGGACUACAUCCUAUACUAAUCUGCAUUUUUAAAUAGUACAGAAAAGUAAGAAUUCAAAUAUUUACCUAAAAUGUUAGAUGUUAAGAUACUUUGCUUUUUUUCCAUUAACUGAAGUAAAGGCUGCUGUACUCAAAAGAUGUUCUUUAAAGUUGGAAGCCAUGGGAAAAUUGUUUAUAAUUAUUGGAAAUGAAGAAAUUCCAAUUGAAUUAAUUUUUACUGCAGCCUCUUGAAUGACCUAGAAGCAGUGAUCAAACUGGAACCUUCCCUUUGUAUCAGAGCACUCUGCUUUUGACUGUUUAAUAUGUUGGGCUUCUCUACAAGAUUUAAUUAGAAUUAAGAAUCCACUGAUAAUGAAGCUUGAAAACCACCAAUUAAGUGAAAAAUAAAAAUCAAGUUAGAAGUAUCAUCUACAAUGAUUUAUGAUAACACUUUAAAGAAACGGAUAGGAAAAAGAGUGUAUUAAAACUCGUGAGUGGGAGAAGGAGAUGUGGGUUUAUAGUAUAGGUAAGCUAUUGUGAAAGACAAAGACCUAUAAGAAGAAUAGCAGAAUGUAUCAACUAGUAUUUACUAGCAUAUUUCUAAUGAUCCUUAAACUUCUUUGUCUCCCCAAAUAGAAUUUUGUAAUUGUCUAGGGUAAGCAUUUGAAUGUCUUUAGGCAGAACGGAUUUUAAUAGCUAGUUGAACAGUAGAUGGGCAAAUUGGCAUAACUUCACCAAACUGUUUACUUGUGCAGUGAUAUAACAUUAUACAAUACAACUUCUCGGUCAGCUAGUUCUAAGUGCUAUUGAAUUAGAGAAAUGCAAGAAAUGUUAUACUUAGUAAGCAGAAGCAGAAAUGGUGGGUAGUUUCUCAGGUUACAAUGGGCUUUGUUGCUGGACCAUGUUCUGUAAUUGUAGGGAACACUGAGGACAGGAUUUGUGGAGAUAGUAGUAGUUGUGGACUUGCAUUUUAACUCUGAAAAGGAGAACUCUGGUAAAAUGAUCUUGAUCCAUGAAGGGUCGGUUUCAUUACAUGACAUACUUAGGACAUAUUUAGGAAUAUUCUGGAAUAUUUCAACUAGGUUUUGACCUCUCUGCUUCUGUGAGAGCAGAGAGCAAAUGUAUGAGAGAGACAGCGAGAGAGAGUCAAAGAGAGAGCAUGCCCCAUGGGUGUGGGGUGGGAGGGAGGGUGAAAGAAAGGGGAAGUGUGUG